UUCAAAAGGGCAAAUAAGUCAUUUCAGAAUCCCCAUCUCUUCUUUUGUUCUUCUCCGUCUUCAGUUCUCGCCAUUGCUGAUCUCCCCGUGUGCUCAGAGAUCCAGAGAUGGCCCAACCUCUCGUGAAGAAGGACGACGAUCGCGACGAUGAAGCGGAGUAUUCACCAUUUUUGGGUAUUGAGAAAGGCGCCGUUCUUCAAGAAGCUAGGGUUUUCCAUGAUCCUCAGCUUGACGCCCGGAGAUGCUCUCAAGUCAUCACGAAACUCUUGUAUUUGCUGAAUCAAGGAGAAACAUUCACUAAGGUUGAAGCCACGGAAGUCUUCUUUGCGGUGACAAAAUUAUUCCAGUCUAAGGAUACUGGAUUGAGGAGAAUGGUUUAUCUGAUUAUCAAAGAGCUUUCUCCGUCCAAUGAUGAGGUUAUUAUUGUCACAAGUUCAUUGAUGAAAGACAUGAAUAGCAAGACAGACAUGUAUAGGGCCAAUGCUAUUCGAGUUCUUUGUAGGAUUACAGAUGGUACACUGCUUACCCAAAUUGAGAGAUACUUGAAGCAAGCAAUUGUUGAUAAGAACCCUGUUGUCGCAAGUGCUGCACUUGUCAGUGGAGUCCAUUUGCUACAGACAAACCCGGAGAUUGUGAAGAGAUGGAGCAAUGAGGUACAAGAGGCUGUUCAGUCAAGAGCUGCACUGGUGCAAUUUCAUGCCUUAGCUCUUCUUCAUCAGAUUCGGCAAAAUGAUCGACUGGCUGUAAGCAAGCUUGUUACAAGCUUGACAAAGGGAUCAGUCCGGUCACCUUUAGCUCAGUGUCUUCUGAUCCGCUACACUAGCCAGGUCAUUCGAGAGACCAGCAAUGCACAAUCUGGGGAAAGGCCUUUCUUUGAUUACCUUGAGUCUUGCUUGCGACAUAAAGCAGAAAUGGUGAUAUUUGAAGCUGCAAGAGCAAUAACAGAGUUGAGUGGUGUUACCAAUCGGGAGCUGACUCCUGCAAUUACAGUUCUGCAACUAUUCCUGAGUUCAUCCAAGCCAGUGCUUCGGUUUGCUGCUGUUCGUACUCUAAAUAAGGUAGCCAUGACACAUCCUCUUGCAGUUACAAAUUGCAAUAUUGAUAUGGAAAGUUUAAUCUCAGAUCAGAAUAGGAGUAUAGCUACACUUGCUAUUACUACACUGCUAAAAACAGGCAAUGAAUCCAGUGUAGAUCGAUUGAUGAAACAAAUUACAAAUUUUAUGUCUGAUAUUGCUGAUGAAUUCAAGAUUGUUGUUGUGGAAGCAAUUCGAUCUUUGUGCCUGAAGUUUCCUCUCAAAUAUCGAUCAUUGAUGAACUUCUUAAGCAACAUUCUUAGAGAAGAAGGGGGUUUUGAAUACAAAAAAGCUAUUGUUGAUUCUAUUGUGAUCCUUAUCAGAGAUAUACCAGAUGCUAAAGAAAGUGGUUUAUUUCAUCUUUGUGAAUUCAUUGAGGAUUGUGAAUUCACGUAUCUUUCUACACAGAUACUUCACUUUCUUGGGAAUGAGGGGCCAAAGACUUCAGACCCCAGUAAGUACAUACGCUACAUAUACAAUCGUGUUAUACUUGAGAAUGCUACUGUUCGGGCUGCUGCAGUGAGCACCUUGGCGAAGUUUGGAGCAUUAGUUGAAUCUUUGAAGCCUCGAAUAUUUGUCCUCCUAAGGCGUUGCCUAUUUGACAUUGAUGAUGAGGUUCGUGAUCGGGCAACUCUAUAUCUUAAUACUCUUGAUGGCAAUGGCUCCAUUGGUGAAACUGACGACAAUGUGAAAGAAUUCCUUUUUGGCCCACUGGAUGUGCCACUAGUGAACUUGGAAACCAGUUUGCAGAAUUAUGAGCCUUCUGAACAGCCAUUUGAUAUUUCUUUGGUGCCCAAGGAAGUUAAGUCACAACCUCUUGCUGAGAAAAAGGCUCCGGGUAAGAAACCUGCAGGUCUGGGGACUCCUACUAGCAAUCCUACAUCAACUGUUGAUACCUAUGAAAAGCUGCUCUCUGCAAUUCCUGAAUUUUCCAUCUUUGGAAAGCUAUUCAAGUCUUCUGCUCCUGUUGAGUUGACAGAAGCUGAAACAGAAUACGCUGUUAAUGCAGUGAAGCACAUUUUUGAUGGCCAUGUUGUGUUUCAAUACAGCUGUACAAACACCAUUCCUGAGCAGCUACUGGAGAAUGUCACUGUUUUUGUGGAUGCUUCUGAUGCUGAAGAGUUUUCAGAGGCUGUGUCAAAGCCAUUAAGAACCUUAGCUUAUGAUGUACCAGGGAAUACUUUUGUAGCUUUUGAAAAGCCAGUAGGUGUUCCUGCUGUGGGGAAAUUCUCAAAUUUGUUGAAGUUCAUUGUUAAGGAGGUGGAUCCAUCCACAGGGGAAGCAGAUGACGAAGGUGUCGAAGAUGAAUACCAGCUGGAAGAUAUUGAGAUUGUUUCAGCAGAUUAUAUGCUGAAGGUCGGGAUUUCAAAUUUCAGAAAUGCUUGGGAAAGCAUGGACCCAGACUCUGAGCGGGUUGACGAAUAUGGGCUUGGCGCACGAGAAAGCCUAGCAGAAGCAGUUAGUGCUGUAAUCAACCUUCUUGGCAUGCAGCCAUGCGAGGGAACUGAUGUGGUUCCGAACAAUUCAAGAUCGCAUACAUGUCUGCUUUCGGGGGUGUUCAUCGGCAAUGUCAAAGUGCUUGUAAGAUUGUCAUUCGGGAUCGACGGGCCCAAGCAAGUGGCAAUGAAACUCGCAGUUCGAUCCGAUGAUCCGGAAAUCAGUGAUGCUAUUCAUGACAUUGUAGCUAAUGGCUAAUGUUGUUGAUGUCCCUCAACUCUUCUACUACUUUUCCUCCCUCUUUUUGUUCCAAGAGUUCAUUUUUAAGUUGAGGAUGUUCCAUCAUUUUUCUUUGAAAAGAGUUAUUGUAUUUUUUCCAGACUGUCUUUGUUGUCAGAAUAAAUCAUGUGUAUUUUUUCAUUACUGUUGUGUAUCUUUUGACAAAUUCCAAUUGUUAAUUCUAGUUGGGUUUUCCAGGGAGUUGGCAAUCUCUUCAAUCAAAGAAA